CUUGACCACAACGACCAUUUGACUUGAUCAGCAGCUGCGUUCCCAGCAUCAGAUCGAGCCUGAUGAAUGUCUGCAUUCAAGACUCAUCAUUCGGGAGAACACAAGCAAGAUGAGUCACUCUCGCAGUCAUGAUCAGCCUCGCGCUGUGACUGGCAGCGACGGCGUCGUCGUGACGGCCAAGAAGAAGAAGCAUCAGCGAACUACAGCAUCUCCCUUGAUGGGCGGCGAUCCUCUGCAUGCUCCUGCUCCAGCGCGCACGCCAUCCUCGUCGGGCACGGGCACGGGCACGGGCACGGGCACGAGCACGAGCACCUCUUCUCCAAGUCUACAGAAUCAAAGUGCUUUCAAGAGGCAGCGAUUGGACUCUGGUGAGGGUGUCUCGACGCUGCAGUCACCCAAGAUGCAGCAGCAGCAGCAGCAGCAGCAGGCGAUUGGACAAAGGGAGCUGCAAGGGAAAGCUCAACAGCUGCUUUUGCAGAGGAUGCGAUUGCCCAUCUGGUCAGCCAGGCAAAACAUCGUGGAUGCUGUGAGGACAAGCGAUACGGUGGUGCUGCUAGCGGAAACUGGAAGCGGCAAGACGACGCAGGUUCCCCAAUUCCUAUACGAGGCGGGCAUGACCGACGAUCGAGCGCCUCUGAUCGGAGUGACGCAGCCUCGUCGAGUAGCUGCCACUUCCCUAGCAUCACGAGUCUCAGCCGAGAUGGGCGAACCGGAUCCUGGCUCCAUCAACUCCAAGCUGCCUCGAAACAGCAGCAGAAAGAAUGGGAAAAGCCGAGGCACAGAAGAGGCGGGAUUGGGAAGAGUGGGGUAUGCCAUUCGAUUCGAUGAUAGGACCGGACCUAAAACUGCAAUCAGGUUCAUGACCGAUGGGCUGCUCUUGCGCGAAGUCAUCGGCACCGCAGCUUCGACGGGCUUUGGAAAGCGUGGCCAAAGCAAAGAGACGCAUAGCCAAGCGGACCAAUCAGCUGCAAAUUCAGGUCCGACGCACAGCAUGCUCGACCGCUACUCUGUGCUCAUCAUCGACGAAGCGCACGAACGCACAGUCGAUACGGAUCUGUUGUUGGGAUUGGUCAAACGCAUACAAGCCAAGCGCAAAGAGGCGCACAUCCGAUGGAAGGACAGACAAGCUCGACGAGCAAGGAUCGGAAGCUCUACGACAUCAGAGCAAACGCAACACGACGCGGAUGCGGAACCUCGGCUGCUGAAGGUGGUGGUCAUGAGCGCCACCUUGGAUGCCGAAAAAUUCUCCACUUUCUUCUCCUUGGCGGAUGCGAAAGGACGAGCGGUACCCGCGCCCAUUCUAUAUGUCCAGGGAAGAAUGCACAAAGUUAGACUGUCGCAUACUCUAGAGCCGUGUUUGGACUGGACAGAGGCUGCGAGGGCCACAGUGUUCCAAAUUCACACGACUCGACCACCAGGGGACGUGUUGAUAUUCGGCACUGGAGCCGAAGAGAUCGACGGCCUGUGUCACGCUCUCUCGUCCCUAAAUGGUAUUUUGGAGCUUCACGAUGAGGGGAAAAGAGCAGAGAAGGGGCUCGGGGUGGGUAGAGUGGGAGAGGGGCUGUUGCCUGUUCCACUGUAUGCUGCGCUCGGACCUGUGGGCGUAGCUGCUGCUUUUGCGCCCACGCCGCCCGGAUACAGAAAGGUGAUCGUAGCUACAAACAUUGCGGAGACGAGCAUCACCCUGCCCAACAUACGCUACGUCAUCGACUGUGGGCUUGCCAAGGAGCGAGGAGUGAAAAGAGGCGGAGGAGGAGGAGGAGGCGCAAGAGCAGGACUGGGAGGAUCUAGGAUUACGAGCUUGGAUGCUGGACCCAUCAGCAAGUCUGCAGCGGAUCAGAGAGCUGGUCGAGCAGGACGAACGGCGGACGGCGACUGUUUCAGGCUGUACACGCUGCAAUCCUACGAAGAGGAAUUGGCAGAGGAAAGCACGCCAGAGGUGGAGAGGGCGGAUCUCACCAAUGCUUUCUUGGCGCUGUUCAGUAUCGGCAUCAUGCCGCACGAGUUUGAGUGGAUCAGUAGACCUGAAGAGGAAGAGGUGCAUGCGUCCAUCGUCGCGCUCAGCGUGUUGGGUGCCAUCGAGCCUUGUCCCGCUCCGCAAAAGGGCAUGAGGAUAACGAGAUUGGGCACGAGGAUGGCGGCAUUGCCUCUACCUGCUCCAUUGGCCAGGACGCUGAUCGCUGCGGGAGAAGAGGGACCGACUGUAUCUCGUCAGGCUAGAGACCUUGUAGCCAUCCUCUCAAGCGAUAGGGCUAGCGUCCUCUACCUUCCUGCUCCUCAUCUCAAAGAUGCUUCCAUCGUCAAAAGCGCGGGUGCGGGCGCGGGCGUGGGCGCUGGAGCCAAGGGGAAAAGCGAGAGCGAUAAAGCUGCAGAAGCUCAUGCCAAAUUUGCUCAUCCGACGGGAGACCACGCGACGCAAUUGACUGCUUUGUACGCCUACAUGGAUGCCAACGAAGAGUUUUCGAGCAAGCUUCUGGACCUCGACGGCUCGGGUGCGGGUGCGGGUGCGGGCAUGGGCGCGACGAAUGGCUGGGGCAAGGGAACGUUCAAGAGGAGAAAUAUGGAAUUGAAAGCGUGGUGCGAAGCGAAUUACGUUUCGUUUAGAAAUGUCAAGCAGGUGCUCGAUAUUCGUAGACAGAUUGACUUGAUCUGCAAGACAGCGGGCAUCGUCUGCGACGAUCAUGAUCGCGAUCUCGGACGGUCCGAGCGAGGCAGAUCAUCAGGUCUUCUCAGCGCUUCUUCUGCUUCGGCUUCCGCUUCCGCUUCCACUUCGGCCAGGAGCACACCGGAUUUGGCCGAUGAGAACGAGAUGUUGCGCAAGGCUGAUGGACUGUUUGUGAGGAGAGGAGGCAACGCGUCUAGACAAGAGGGCUUGGCGAACGCAUCGGGAGUGGAGGAUUAUUCGGCAUUGAGGAGGUGCUUGUUGAAGGGAAGACCUGCGGAUUUCGCUAUUCGACAAGAUGAUGGAAGUUAUAUCAAGGAUGGUCGUUUGACGCUUCGGAUUCAUCCAUCUUCCUUUUUGUUUGGACACAACAACCCGACGCGAUCGAGCUCGACCGCAAGCGCAGCAGGAGCACCCUCCAAUGCGAAACCUAGCGCAAUCAUCUUUGACGAAGUGCUCUUCACUACGCAAUACUUUGCCAGGACAGUCAGCGCUAUCGAGCCGGCUGAAUUGGCUAGUGUGGAUGAGGAGAUUAGGAACAGACCCGCACUUGCUGGCUUUGUCAAGAGGUUGGAAAAGUGAAGCAGGCGGGCCAGAGAGGGAUGCGAGGUUCACGCUUGGAAGGAGAUGCUUGAGAGCGCCAGACGCAUGCUGCGAUACGCCUGAUUCAUGUAAAUGUGACGCCUACGGGUGGGAGCAUCGUUUGGAUAGCCUCGAACAUGCAUGCACCUGCUUGCUUCUGGCGAUCCGCACUCUGCUGAACUCUGUUGCUCUGUGCUGGCUGGCUGGCUGGCUUGGAGGAUUUUCGUGGGAGCAUGAGACACUCGACGGAGAAAGGCGUUGCGAUUAUAGUGUGCUGGAGCAGCAAAGCGGAACGGUCCCUAGGUUGAUGGACAACCAGAGCACGGACAGGCCCGAGAGGACUUGUAGCUGAGACGAAAAGGCGCAAAGAGGUGAUCUUUGGAUGACGAGACGACAAUGUAUGAGC